AUGCAGAUAGAAGUAAGAUCUGAGUGCUUCCGAAACUUAUUUGUGCAAACUAUAGACUUCGAAAUAUUGGGGAGGAAAGCCACUCUCGGGAAGAUAAGAAAAAAAUCACAGUCCCAUCGCAUUAGGAGCCACCAGUCCACAACACAGCACAGGUGGACUCUUCAGGGCAUGACAGCUCUCGUCACUGGUGGCACUCGCGGAAUAGGACACGCCAUUGUGGAGGAAUUGACGGGGUUUGGAGCCAGAGUGCAUACCUGUGCCAGGAAUGAACAUGAUCUCACUAAGUGCCUUAAGAAAUGGAAUGAUUCCGGUUUUGAUGUCACUGGCUCAGUUUGUGAUGUCUCAGUUCCACACCAGAGGGAGGCACUCAUGGAAUCAGUUUCCUCUCUCUUCCACGGAAAACUCAACAUCCUUAUAAACAAUGUAGGGACAAACAUUCGGAAACCGGUGACAGAUUUCACAAGUGCAGAGUUUUCCACUCUUAUUGAUACCAAUUUGGGAUCCGUCUUUCAUUUAUGCCAACUUGCAUAUCCACUUUUGAAAGCAUCGGGAAUGGGAAAUGUUGUGUUUAUCUCGUCUGUUUCUGGUUUUUUCUCACUCAAGUCAAUGUCUGUUCAAGGAGCAAUGAAGAGUGCAAUUAAUCAACUUACAAGAAAUCUAGCUUGUGAGUGGGAAAAAGACAAUAUAAGGAGUAAUGCAGUGGCACCUUGGUACAUCAAAACUUCAUUGGUAGAGCAGGUGCUCAGCAACAAAGACUAUCUGGAAGAAGUGUACUCCAGAACCCCACUAAGGCGCCUAGGAGAUCCAGCAGAAGUCUCUUCUCUUGUUGCCUUUCUCUGCUUACCAGCAUCAUCAUACAUCACUGGCCAGAUUAUUUGUAUUGAUGGAGGAGUGUCUGUGAAUGGUUUCCACCCAACAACAUAGUUCUAAGAGUUGCAGCUUAUACCAUGCACCCUCCUUAAUAAUUUUCCUCUACACCUGCCAUUCUUGUGGGACAUUUGACAUGGUGAACUGAAGGCAUGGUUCUCUUCUUCCCUGUCAACUUAAAAGAGUUUUGAGUUUUAGUCCAUACCAAAAGUUAACCAACCCCUGGUAGGCCCUUCCAAGGUUUUGGAAUAUCUGCUAAUGCAAUUCUUUUAUUGUACUAAAUCCCAUUAGUAGAAGAUUUCCAAUCAUUUUUAACUGAUAAUCAUAAAUUUCUCAAAAAAGAUAACACAAGGAUAAGACAUCAUUUAAUUGAUUUUAUUUGGUUUU